AUGACAUCUAUUAUGACACCGGUGGACCAGUCGUUAAGACCGGUCAAUUUACCGCGAACUGAUCAGAUGAUCAAGUUUGCCAAAGACUUUACGGCCGGCGGGUGGGCCGCGGUUGUGGCCAAGACUAUUAUAGCCCCGGUGGAGCGAGUCAAACUGAUUCUACAGCUUCAGAAUGCACAAUCGACCAUCGAAGUCUCGAAAAGGUACCGUGGAAUGGUGGACUGCUUUGUCAGGGUACCUCGAGAACAAGGAUUUUUGUCGUUUUGGCGAGGAAACUGGUCCAAUAUUCUCAGGGCAUCUAGUCAGGUAAGCUAAAAUAAUGUUUGUAAUCUUUUUUUGGUUUAGGAAAGUCUUGGAAUGGCUUUUAAAGAAAUCUUCAAACGAUAUUUGGUUCAUAAAGAUUCAAGUUACAAGAAUGUUGUGUUAGGUAAGUAUUGUUCUUUGUUUUAACUCUUGUUUUUAGGUAAUUUUAUGGCUGGAGGAAUGUCCGGAUGUGCGACGUUUUGCUUUAUAUAUCCGCUGGACUUUUCGAGGACAAGAUUGGCAAUAGACAUGGGCAAAGGUGAGUUUUUUUUUGUAAUUUAGGUAUUGGAAUGAAGGAACGCAAAUGUCUUUUAAGUACAGUUUUAGUAGCACAAAGAACAUAUAUUUUGGAUUUCUGUGACCAUUAAUGUGAUCUUCAGUUUUACACGUUUUAAAAUAUUUCCGAAAAGUGGAUUUGAAUCACCUACUUUACUACUUUUUUGUUUUACUUUAUGAUUUCAGACGCCGGCUCGAGAGAAUUCAACGGUCUUGUGGACUGUCUAGUCAAAAUAGCUAAACACGACGGCUUUAUUGGGCUUUACCGCGGCUUUCUACCGUCUCUACAGUACAUUUUCCUCUACCGUUCCGCGUAUUACGGGCUUUUCGAUACUCUCAAAGUUGUGGCCGUCGAUGCCGGGCUGGCCAAGCCGAAUGAUCUCAGUUUCUCGUUGGCCUUUGCAAUUGCUCAAGUACGUUUUGCUCUUAUUUUUUACAACAUUUGUGUUUUCUCUGCUAACACGUGUUUGAGUGAUAAAUAGUAAGGGCAAUUCAUUGCAACAAAGAACUAGUGAAUAUACGUAUAUUUUGGGAAAACUUUACCAAAAAGGUUAACAGAGUUUGCGGUAAGCAGUAAACAAGUAAUGUAAUAAUAAAGUAUGGAAAUGGUUUGAGCUGAGCUUUAAGCACAAUGAGUGAUUACUGUUUUUGUAUCUACUGUGGCUUAUUUAUAUUAGGAUAAAUUGGACCAAGUAUUGUUUGUGAUGCUGUAAACUUCUGUAUUGCUGUAAAAAAGGUCAUCAGAAUGUUUUAUAUAUCAUUUUUGAUCAGAGUGUUUCGUAUUAAUAAGUUUAUAGUUUUUCAAUAGUAUAGUUGAAUACAGUUUUGGUUUAUAGUACACUGCAAUCACGGCAGCAAUGCUUUCAUAUCCUUUGGACACAGUACGGCGAAGACUUAUGAUGCAGGCUGGGAAGAAAGUUCACGCCUAUAAUGGAACGCUCGACUGUGCUAAAGUAAGUUAAGCUUUACAGUAAUUUAUUUCUUUUUGGCAAUCUACUUUUGAGUUACAUUUUUUGAUUAUGUAGUGGCUAAUAGUGUAUAUUCAGUAUGAUUUCAAUUAUACAUUUAUUAAGUUGAUGUUAACAUCCAUGAUUUUUAGAAGAUAUAUCAACGAGAAGGCUGGAAAGCCUUCUACCACGGUGCCUUCGUGAAUGCGAUCCGAGGAGUAGGAGCAGCUUUGGUGUUAGCGUUGUACAAUGAAAUGUCUAAACACUUUUAG